AACCAUUCUGCGCCAGAUGAGAAACAAACUGUUUCUUCGAUGAAAUCGCGACUUCGUUUCAGCCUCAGAUGCGAAUAACGAUAAUGCGAAUGAUGCGUACAUUCUGGAGAUAUCUAAAUUCCGUUCUGGACGUCAAAGUGUCUAAGCCGCGGGCGGACGCUCCAAACGUUGAGAUAUAUAAUACCUACUUCAUUUGCACCAUCGUCAACGAACUACAACACCCACGUCUUGAACACAGCAGUACCUAUCACCCCCCAUUAGAAGCACAGCAACUUCCCUUUCCGAACUUUUCUCUCAUCCACCUGGGGGGUCCUACCUUUUCUAGAAGCUCGCAUAGCCUUCGAUAAUUCAUACUCGCACAAUGCCUAUCAAUCAAGCCGCCUGGUUGACAGCUAAGAAAGCCAAGCCUUUGGAGGUCAAAUCAGCCCCAUACACAUCAGCCGGCCAAAAUGAGGUGGUGAUUCGGAAUCGAGCAGUGGCCAUCAACCCGGUUGACUGGUUCAAGCAAGAAACCGGUGAUAUCCUCUACGAAUGGGUAAAAUAUCCCUGUAUCCUCGGCAAUGACGUCUCCGGCGAGAUCGUUGAAGUCGGCCCAGGUGCCGAGGACCGGUUCAAGAUUGGCGACCGUGUUGUUGCCCACGCCGUGGGUCUUGACAAGCGAAGCAAUAAGUCAUCUGAAGGCGGUUUUCAAGAUUACGUCGUCUUGCGGGCCGAUCUGACCUCUCAGAUUCCCGAUUCACUGACAUUUGAGGAAGCAUGUGUAAUACCCUUGGGUGCUUCGACUGCUGCAUGCGGUCUCUUCAUGAAGGAUUUUGUCGGCCUUCAACACCCAGACGUCUCCGCAAAACCGACCGGGGAGACAUUCUUAGUCUGGGGUGGCUCGACGAGCGUGGGGUCAAACGCCAUUCAACUCGCCGCUGGAGCUGGUUACGAAGUCAUUGCAACAGCAUCCUCAAAGAAUUUCGACUAUGUCAGGUCUCUUGGCGCCGCAGAAGUUUUCGACUAUCGCAGUCCGACGGUCGUUCAGGACAUUAUCAAGGCAUUCCAGAGCCGGAAGUCAGCUGGCGCAAUCGCGAUCGGCGCGGGGUCCUUGAUCCCCUGCAUCAACAUCAUGGCUGGUUGCAAGGGCCGCAAGUUCGUCGCUCAAGCCAGUGUCGCUGGACCUGGCCGGCCGCCCACAAACGUCACGGAAACCGUUUCAUUACUGUGGGCAAUGGCUUCCGAGAGCGCGACUGCGACACUCAAGUGCAGAACGAGCGGUGUGCGAAGCAAGUUCAUAUGGGGGAGCGAUGUGAUAGCGAACGAAGUCGGUGCCGCCAUUUACCGAGACUUUCUACCUCAAGCACUGGCCCAGGGCAAGUUUGUUCCGGCGCCCAAACCCCAUGUUGCUGGAAAGGGCUUGGAAUCUUUACAGCAGGCAUUCGAGGUCAGCUACAAGGGAGUCUCAGCGAAGAAGAUUGUCGUUUCUUUGUGAUAAUGAGCGAGGUCUGUUUUUAAUUGAUCGGAGGAUUCGAUGUAGCUUUCAAUGCUUUCUUUUCGUCUCGAGCCUCAGCAUCCAACAUGAAGCUCCACUGAAUAUCG